CUAACUGUAUGAUGGACUAGCUAGCUAGCCAAAAUAUCGAUACCCUCUGCAGAACAAAUUAGCGGACGAAAUAACGGUCCUACAGCCACAAACAAAUUAUGUGAAAUCUUCAGAAUGUUAUUUAUUAAGACAGAGUAGCUUGUAUUUCAGAAACACAUCGACAUCAGCAGAUUGGCGGGGAUGUGGCUUCGCAAUGGGAAACGUUUUCGGCAGAAAGGGACGCCCCAGUCGAGUCACGGAGCAAGACAGGGCGAUUUUGCAACUGAAACAGCAGCGAGAUAAGCUGAGACAAUACCAGAAACGAAUCACAUUGCAACUAGAGAAAGAGAGGCUUCUGGCCAAACAGCUCCUGAAGGAUGGCAAGAAAGAAAGGGCUUUACUUCUCCUUAAAAAGAAGCGCUACCAGGAUGGGCUGCUGGACAAGACUGAAAACCAGAUAGCCAACCUUGAACGAAUGGUGCAAGAUAUUGAAUUUGCUCAGAUUGAGAUAAAGGUCAUUGAAGGCCUUAAAGUUGGCAAUGACUGUCUGAAAAGAAUGCAUGAGGUGAUGUCUAUUGAAGACGUGGAGAGGAUACUGGAGGAAACUCAGGAUGCCAUUGAAUACCAGAGACAAAUAGAUGAGUUACUGGCGGGCGCCCUGACCGAAGAGGAUGAGGAAGCCGUGUUGGCAGAACUCGAGGCUAUCGCUCUGGGAGAAGAUGUUACCCUUCCAGAGGUACCGUCUGAGCCCCUUCCUGCAGAGACAGAGGGAGAGUUAGAGAGAAACAAAGCCAAACAGAAACCAGAGAGAGAGAUGCUGGCGGCAUAGUGUCAUUCUCCAUUUGUUUUGAUCAGGCAGAUUAACCGCCCGACGUGUCACUUAUCUUUGGAAUGCAUUCGGGGAAAAAGAUCGAACGCUGAUACGUCUCACUGUCAAAUCUCUGUUCUCUGUAGGCACAUACAUUGUUAAUUGGUACAUGUAUGCAUGUACACACACACACACACACACACACACUUUUUUUUUUUUCCUAAAGUAAAAAAGGGAGUCGUUCAGAAGAACGACAUGAUAAAUUAUGUAAAUAUAUUUCUGUACGCUUCCUCUUAUUAUUGAAAACCUCACAUUUUGGAGAUUUAAUUUGUUGUCAUGGAUUCAAUGGGGAGUAUAUUAGACAUCAAGCUUUGCAUUACAGUUUUCAAUUAACUCAUUUAUGCAAAUGGGUGCCGAUGUGUAGAGCAGCCCUUUUAAAUAAAGUUAAAACUAAUUUAAUCAUGGAAUGAAUUUACAUCAUUGUGUGAGGACUGAUGAUAUUCUUUCUAGAAAAUGAUGGAAAGUUCUGUGGAUGUGUCUUCUCUGGCUGUUGAUGGAAAUAUAAAGUGACUAUGAACCAACCUCUCCCCUGCCCCCCUCGAUAACAGUGAUGUUCAGUAUUAAAUAUGAAAAGAGUGUGAUUCUUUUUGUUAUAGAAGCUAAUAUCAAGAGGCUUUAAAACUG